CUGUCUAUUUAUUACAUCUCCAUCGCGGUAGACAUGUUUGGUCCCCUCCCCGAGCCAUGGUGGUCCUCCUGGGAGGGUCGAGAGUACUAUGAACCAGACAGCUCCCGCGAAGAUACCAGCUUGCGAGGGUUUUUAAAACACCCGGUUGCACAUACCCUGAAGGAUAUUAACGGCGAGACCCAGCGUUCCGCCAUUCCUCAGGAGGAGCUAGAGCUGUUUGGGGACUUGUUGGAGAGUAUGUUCCAGUACGAUCCAGCAAAGAGGCCUUCAAUUGAGGAGGUCUUAAAGCACCCGUGGUUUGCCUUUGCAGCUGAGAUGUCUUGAUACCAUUCUUUAUUACCGUUGAUUUGAGCGUUAUACUGUCUUGCAAUCUUGUUUCGCCUCAGUUUCUCUACUUGCCGCGGCGGUCUGCUGGCCUUUUCUUUUUCUUCUGGGUUAGAAAU